AUGCGCGCGGCGGCGCUCGCGCCUCUCCUGCUGCUCGUGCUCCUGCGCGCCCCACGCAGCGCCGCCUCAGCGUGCCCGAGACCCUGCGCGUGCCCGCGCCCCAACGAGCUGCACUGUACCUUCCGCUCCCUCCGGGCCCUGCCCACCCCCAUGCCCGCCCACGCGCAGCGCGUCAACCUCGGGUUUAACAGCAUCACUCAGAUCACGGAGCGCUCCUUCACUGGACAGAGGAAACUGGAGCUUCUGAUGAUGCACGGGAAUGACAUCCAUAAAAUUCCAGAUGGGGUUUUUCGUGACCUACUGGCCUUGCAGGUGCUGAAAAUGAGCUACAAUAAGGUGAGGGCGAUCACUGGCCACAGCUUGCUCGGUCUGACAGGCCUCGUUCGGCUGCACCUGGACAACAACCGCAUCGAGUUUAUCCACCCAGACGCCUUCCACGGCAUGACGUCGCUCCGGCUGCUCCACCUGGAGGGGAACCUUCUGCAGCAGCUCCAUCCCGCUACCUUCAGCACAUUUUCACUGCUACAGCGCUUCCCUGUCUCCACCCUCAAACACCUCUACCUGUCAGAUAACCUCCUGACGUCCCUGCCGAGAGAUAUGCUGAAGAACAUGCCUCAGCUGGAGAACCUCUUCCUGUAUGGCAACCCGUGGACCUGCGACUGUAGACUGAACUGGCUCGGCGCCUGGACAGCACGUCAUUCAGGUGUGAUGAAAUGUAAGCAGGACAAAGCAUACGCCAAAGGUCAGCUAUGCCCAGUGUGUGCUUCACCACACCAGCUAAGAGGGAAAGCAGUCUUUAAACUCACGGCCCUAGAAUGCACAGGACCCAUCAUAAGCUCCUCCGUGAGGGACAUCUCAGCGGAGGAGAACCUCAGUGAGCUGCUUUCGCUGGAGGAGUUCAGACCACCAUUUGGAAAUGCCACGUUGAACCUUUGGGACGAGCAUGGAAACAAAGUCGAUUUGACCUGCCGAAUUCUGGAGCUUAGAGAUUCCACCAAAAUCGCUUGGAAUUACACCAAAUCUUUGGAAAUCGAUGCAAACAUGGCCCUCUACUUUGACCUCGAAUGUCCAAUAGAACAAGAGAACUAUGAGAGCUUAUGGAGACUACUCGCUUACUACAGUGAGACGCCCGUGCACCUUCGGAGAGAGAUCAUGCUGAGUAAAGAACCUGAGCUGAGUUAUAGGUACAGGCAGGACGUUGAAAGGGAUGCGUACUAUUACACCGGAGUCCGAGCUAACCUUUUAUCCCAUCCGUCUUGGCUCAUGCAGUCUUUAGUCAACAUACAACUAAAUAGGCCCUAUUCUACAUCCAAGACUGUGAAGCUCAUUCUAUCUACACAAAUGUCAGCGACCACAAAUGUUGAUCGGAUAAGACGACAGAGGAGAUCCUGGGUAAUGAUCAAGCAUAACAAUGCAACCCAGACGAUGUUUACUUCAGUUGUGGGUGGCAGGAUCGAGAUGGACUGCAGUGUGCUAAGCUCUGGUGAACCAGCUAUUCAUUGGAUGCUACCUGACGGCUCUAAGGUUAAAGCUCCCUUCAGCAGUCCGAACCACCGGCUGUCCAUCUCCACGGCUGGCAGACUUCUCCUCAAACCUGUUGAUUAUUCUGACUCUGGUGUGUACUACUGCAUCGCAGAGGUUCCAGGAGAUAUGGACAUGUUACCUUUCCGUUUGUCUGUUGUGGAAUCUUCUGCCCCUCCCCCGGGUGACGAGGUUGGGGUUCCUGUAACCAGAUUUGUCGGCGAGUCUGUUUCUCUGCCUUGCCACUCUUCUGCGAAGCCAGAUGCUGUAGUGAACUGGAUAUUUCCAGAUGGUGAGGUGAUCGGUGCCAAAGCAAACUCGUCUAGAGGUUUUGUCUUCUCCAACGGAACGCUGCUCAUUCCUCACGGCAAAUCUAAUAACAAUGGAUAUUACAAAUGUGUGGCUUUGAAUGAGCAUGGUAUGGAUACUCUGGCUAUGAAGCUCACCAUCAUGAGAAGACAAGGAAUGCAGACUCUCAGACGACACCCCAUGCAACCCCAGUCUGCAGCAGGGGUGUCCACGAAGGUCAGAGCAUUUUUAGAGGAUGUAGAGGAGGCCUCUGGAGAUUCUGCCCAAGAGAGAAUCCCAUCAAAUAGGCCUUUUAUCAACCAAAGAAGGGGACCACAUUCAAGACAUCCUUUCAGAAACUCCCAGCGAAGGCUUCCAGACCGCAGACAACCUCUUAGGAAAGGCUUGAAUGGACAACAAAGGAAAAGCAUCCUCGAAAACAGAAGAAAUAUUGAUACAUCAAAAAACAAAAUUGAUCCACAGAGAUGGGCUGACAUUCUGGCCAAAAUUCGUGAAAAGACUGUCCAAAAAUCCACACCACCGAACUUUAUCCAAAGCAGAUCAUCAGCUGUAAGCUCCAAUGUGAAUAAUCUAGAAUCUCCUGAGAACACAGAGGGAUCUUCUCCUGAUGACACAAGCUCAAAUGAGGAGUCUAAUCGCAGUACAAUUCAACAAAAUCUAGAUCACCAUAGUGACAGUGCAAUAUCAACCACAGCUUCACCACAUACUGAAGGCCAAUAUGACUUGCACCAAAUAGUUGCCCCUUCACUCAGCACUGAUUUCAGUGGAGCGACACUGUGGUCUGACACUGCAAAGCCCACAGCUGCGUCCAAUUACACCAUCACUGAGAUAAAUGUCCUGGAGGGAAGCCGUGUAAACACUUUAACUACUAGUACUUCAAACAGAGAAGAAAAUCAACAAAUGGAAAAUAACUCUGUGUCUGCAGGGCCUGUCACUGCGCCAGAACAAGGGGUAAAGAAAGAGCUCAGCAUCUCACAGAAGUCUACCAUCAUCUCACCCAGUGCUAAUAUUAAUGUGGUGCCCACAAAGAACGAAAUUGGCCCUGAUUUGUUGUUUUCCACCUCCACGCCAACAACAAAGCCUAAGCUUCCACCCAGUUCCACACCUUCAAAGCCAAGAAUCCCCUGGAACUCCAGAAGACGAUUUGGAAAUAGGCGACGGAUAAAUAGAUUAAGACUGAGGCCUUCCUCACCCUUAACCACUAGCAAACCACAGAUGUUUACGAUGCCCAAAGUUGCUGGAGAUCACCCUCCAUCAAUCAUUAUAACCACAUCUUCCUCAACAACAGCCUUUCCCACUGACAGAGCCAAUACAUAUACUUCCCCUGAAUACAAGAAGCCCUCAACGGAUAGUGUUAGGAAUGAUAUAACAAGUGUCACUCUGCCUGAUGAGGAAAUCAAACCACUCACCCACAAAUGGAAAGUUAGUUCCACCAACCUGGAGACUCAACCCACAGCAUCCAUUGGUAGUACACCACCCAUCAAGUCUGUGGUCACAUGUCAUAGGAGAGCAAAUGAAGACGUAUCCACAGAGGAUUGGCGAAAUGAACACACGGUGGUCAAGACGAAUGAGUUCACUGCUUCUACAGAAGCAGCUCCAACGUCUCAGCCAGACCACAAAACCGUUCCUCUGGCAGCUACUCAAGAGGAGUUUGCAAGCAUUCUCUCUGCAGUGGAACCAUCUCAGAAGGCCAUCAGCGAAGAUGAUGCGACCGACAUCUUCACACCAAGCCCUGGUGCACUUGCACCAGAUUUGCCUCGCAUACAUGGAUCAUGCCCAAAGGAAGGCCUCGCUGAGGCUGAGAACUUGAAAUAUUUAAACUCUGCUAAGUCAGAAGAGUUGGUUGUUAGAGUCUCACCACCUCCUCCCAUUGUAGAAUUUACAUACAAAGAUAACGAGGCACAAAACUCAAAGCAGGAAUCAAAAGACAAGGAACCUUUUACAGAUUUACCACUGAUCCCUUUAUCUCUGACCACUAUCUCAGAAACAACCGUUCCUACCACUCAGCAUGAACAGAGUGCUAGUUUCCCUAAAACUAAAAACACAGGUCCAGAGGUUGGUGAGGCAAUGGUGGAUAAGAUAACUGAACCUAGUGUCACUUCAAGAAGUACUGCUGCACCCACAACUACACCGUUGACGACUACAUUCAGAAUUCCAGCAUCAACAAAACCUUCAGCACUUACAUCUACAGCGUCAGAAACGCCUACAACAAUAGCAGUAACAGCCACAGUGCCCAGUUUUUCUACUCCUGUCCUCACUACCGUUAGUAUCACCACGACUACAACACAACCCCCUUCAAAACCCAGGGUGCCAAUAGCAGAUAACAGAAUUCCUUUUAAUUCAAGAAAUCCUGCAACGAACUACAUCCCUGACAGGCACAGUGGAAGGACGCCCAAUAUCUAUAGGUACCCCUAUUACACCAAUCCUAGAAAUCCAUUUGUUAUACCUAGAAAGCCAUCGGUUAUCAAUUCCUCCGAGUUCUUCAGACCAGGCUCUGUCAGUGCCGUCAAAUCAACAACCUCAUUGCCUAAAAUAUCUACGACCACGACUCAACCAACAAGUACCAUCAAAUCAACUACCUCAUCAAUUACGACUACAAACACUAUGCAAGCAACGAGCACCAUCAAGGUGACCACCAUGUCACCUACAACUACUACUCAACCAACAAGUAGGACAGUACACCUAAAAACAACCUCUCAGCACAGAAGCAGAGUUCAGACGAGUGAAGUUUCUACCAACAGGCACUUAGGCACCGCUGUGUCAUCUGCUCGGCCUCCAGCUGUUUCUCUACUGAGAUCGAGGCCCAGAAUCACCACAGCAAAUCUCAACACAAUCACAGUAAACGCCGAAACAGAUGUGCAGCUUCCGUGUGAUUCUGUAGGGGAGCCUAAACCUUUCCUCACCUGGACCAAGGUCUCCACAGGUGCCAUCAUGUCGGCGAACACCAGAAUCCAGCGGUUCGAGGUACGGUCCAACGGCACCUUCGUGAUCAACAGCGCUCAGCCCCAGGACCGCGGCCAGUACCUCUGCACUGCUCAGAAUCCGUAUGGUGUUGAUAAGAUGACGGUUACCCUGGUGGUUCUGGCGCAACAGCCGAAGAUGUCGCUGCCACGACACCGGGAAUUGACUGUGUACCUGGGAGACAGUAUUCAUCUUGAUUGUCAAGCUCAAGGACUUCCCAGCCCUCACAGCAGCUGGGUGCUUCCAAACCGGACAGUGGUGUACGCGGUUAGUACCAGCGAAUCGAGGCUUAUGCUCUUCAGCAAUGGUACCCUUCAAAUUAAGCAGACUACUUACUCCGACAGGGGCACCUAUAAGUGCAUAGCCAGCAACGUCGCAGGUGCUGACACACUGUCAGUCCGGCUCCAUGUCUCAGUGCUGCCACCCAUGAUCCAGCAGCAGCGACGCCAGAAUCUCACCAUCUUUGAGGGUCAGUCCAUCCACAUCCACUGUGGUGCCAAAGGAGCCCCCACCCCAGCCAUCCGGUGGGUGACCUCUAGCGGCAUACAAAUACGUCCUUCCCAGGUCAUCGACGGCAAACUGUUCGUUUUCCCCAACGGGACACUGUUCAUCCGCAGCCCGACGGAAAAAGACUCUGGGAUCUAUGAGUGCCUGGCCGUGAAUGCUGUGGGUGCUGAUAAGAGGACUGUGAGUCUGCUGGUCAGGAGGAGCUUCUCCACAGCCAAAAUCACCUCCACCUCUCCUCAGAAGACAGACAUCAGUUACGGUGACUAUUUGCGACUGGACUGCAGCGCUUCGGGCAGCCCUGAACCCAGGAUCAUCUGGAGAACUCCGGCUAAGAAACUAAUUGAUGAGCAUUACAGCUUCGAUCCCCGAAUGAAAGUCUUCAGUAAUGGCACCCUUACCGUUAAAUCAAUAACAGACAAGGACCAGGGAGACUACCUCUGUGUGGCCAGAAAUAAAAUGGGGGAUGAUUACAGUCUCCUGAAGGUAACCGUGAUGAUGAAAGCAGCCAAGAUUGAACGGAAGCAGCUGAGUGACCACAAGGUGCUGUACGGAGAGGACCUGAAAGUGGACUGUGUUGCCUCGGGGCUGCCAAACCCUGAGGUCAGAUGGAGCCUUCCAGAUGGUACCAUGGUUAACAGUGUCAUGCAGUCAGAUGACAGGGGGGUGCGCAGAAGGAGGUAUGUCGUCUUUGACAAUGGGACCCUCUACUUCAAUGAAGUGGGUAUGAAGGAAGAGGGAGACUACACCUGCUACGCUGAGAACCAGAUUGGUAAAGAUGAAAUGAAGGUCCACAUCAAGGUGGUGGCAGCAGCACCGACUAUUCGCAACAACACUUACGAAGUGAUUCAGGUGCCUUAUGGAGAUACAGCAUUCCUCAGCUGCAGUGCAAAAGGAGAGCCUACCCCAACUAUCAGUUGGCUUUCCCCGACCAACCGUAUCAUACUCCCAGCAUCUGACAAGUACCAGAUCACCACUGAUGGGACUCUGCUCAUUCAGAAGGUUCAACGGUUUGACAGUGGAAACUACACCUGCUCAGCUAGGAACACUGCAGGAAUGGACGUGAAAGUGGUUCGUGUCGAUGUUCUGGUUUCGGCACCUGUCAUUAAUGGAUUGCAAAUCCCAAUCAGUUCAGUAGAACAGACAGCUGUGAAGGACCAGCAGGUACUCCUACACUGCAAAGCUGAAGGAACCCCUGUUCCCCGAGUCAUGUGGAUACUGCCCGAGAACGUCGUUCUCCCAGCUCCUUACUACGGCAGCAGGAUUACGGUCCAUCGGAACGGCACCCUUGACAUACGUAACUUGCGCAAGAGUGACUCUGUCCAGCUUCUUUGCAUUGCCCGCAAUGAAGCAGGAGAGGCCAGGCUGCAGGUGCAGCUUCACGUGACAGAACAUAUCGAGAAACCUCAACUAAACAGCUUGGCUACAGAGUCUGUCCAACUAACUGAUGGAAUUACAGUGACCCUGAAUUGUUCCGUGGAGGGGAAACCCAGUCCUGAGAUUACUUGGAUCCUCCCCAACGGAACGUCUCUCUUGAGUGGAGCCAGCAUUUUUCGUUUCCACCACGGGCCUGAUGGAUCUCUGGUCAUUAGAGAGCCUUCUGUGUCAGAAGCAGGGACGUACCGAUGUGUGGGACGCAACAGUGCUGGUUACGUGGAACGGCUUGUCACUCUGGAGUCGGGUAAAAAGCCAGACAUCAGUAGCAAAUACAACUCGUUGGUUAGCAUUAUAAAUGGGGAAAAUCUGAAACUAAACUGCCUGUCAAACGGUAACCCGUUGCCCAAACUCACCUGGACCUUACCAAGUGGAGUCCUUCUAACCAGGCAACAGAGAAUGGGACGACACACUGUGCUCGACAAUGGUACCCUAGUUGUCCAACAGGCCUCUGUCUAUGACAGAGGUACGUAUCUCUGCAAGGCUUCCAACGAGUAUGGAUCCUCUUCUCUAUCAGUUUCUGUGAUUGUGAUAGCUUACCCACCACGUAUUAUCAGUGGACCGGCAGCGGUAACUUACGCCAGGCCAGGAGUUGCAGUCCAGCUGAACUGUAUGGCUAUCAGUACCCCAAAGGCAGAGGUGCUGUGGGAGAUGCCUGAUAAAACUCAGCUCAAGGCUGGCAACCAGCCACGACUCUAUGGUAACCGGUACCUCGACCCUCGUGGCUCUCUGGUUAUCCAGAACCCAUCCACCAGGGACAGUGGUUUCUAUAAGUGUACUGCCAAAAACGUGGUUGGUAGCGAUACCAAAACAACAUAUGUACAUGUGUUUUGAUAGGAAGUAAUAAAAUUUUGGUACAUGCCCAAAGAACUGCGAUAGUCAGUGCGGAGAAUACUGUUCAUAACAGAGGUACUUUAUAGAUAUAGAAUAUUUGAUUUAUUUUCUACUGAUGUUCUUGUAAAUAGAGCUACUUAUGCUGAAAAUCUCGCUACACUAGACAAAAAGCAAGCAUUGGCCACUCAAGUAAGGAUGAUUGUCGUAAUUAACCUGUUUCUUAUAAAUGCAACAACUACAGGGCACUGAGCAAAGAGAGAGACCACCUCUCCUUUAUUUUAAUUCCAGUAAAAAGAGAACAUUGGAUGGAAGAUAUUCAGCAUAUUCCCGUAGCCUUUUUCAAACAAAAUGCAAAUGUGACAACGCUAAUUUAUAUGUGUAUUAACAGUUGCAUUUCCAAGGUGUGUGUGUGUGUAUUAUGUAAGACAUAAUUCAAAUUCAAAUGCAAAACGUGUAUUUGCAUUUGCAUUUCUGUGUAGAAUGGCUGGAAAACAUUAAUAUGGAAAAGCAAAGUGCUUUUGACUUUUAAUGCUCACUGUCUUAACUGUAUUAAUAUGAUAUUUUAAAAACAUUUGCAAUUGUAUUUCUUCAUUAUCGCACUUCAGCACUUUGCGUUUUCACUGUUAACAGUGCACUCCUGUCAAUGAUACACUGUAGGUGGAACAUGGGGAGGGACUGUGGGGAACUGGGCAUCUUAAUUAACGCACACUCUCAUGGAAAAUGCAACUGCAAAUAAACAAUGUAAUUAGCAUUUCUACACUUGAGAUUGGAAAUUUGCAUUUUAAUUUAAAGAAAGUCCAGAUUGUGCUGGUACAGAUGGGGAUUAAUUAAGUGAAAAAACUGGAGUUUCCAAAAUUGUAGUUUCAAUUAUAAUUAAAAGCUACAGAGAAAAUGAAACUCCCAGUCUAACAACCACCUGGAAGAGCUGGGAGACCCCAA